UAUGGCUUAGUGGGAGUAAACAUCUUGUUCCCCCACUGCAGUGAGUGCAAGUGUCGUGGGUUCUCCUGUAUGUGUGUCAGUUCCCUGCUGCGGUGCCAGGCUGCUGGUUGUUCUGCACAGUAGCGUUCCUUACCCCCCGCAGUGCCAUGAGAGCGCAUUCCUGUAGCGACUGAAUGUGAUUAACAGUAGCCGUGCCCUCCUUGCCUCUCAAAGCCUGGAGCCCUUCCUGCGGUACCGACGCUCGCAGUGUGAGCCCCCUUCCCAGACCCCAGCCUGUGCCAGGUCAGUGCAUGCUCUCUGCACCUCUGGAUUCCCCAGGAGCCGCACUGCAUGAUUCGCCCUAUAUGUUUUACGUGGGAUUGUUUUUUGUGAACGUGCUAAUACUCUAUUAUGCCUUCCUGAUGGAGUACAUUGCCCUGAACGUGGGCAUCGUCUUUCUUCCCGAAGAUAUGGACCAGGCUCUGGCGGAACUGGGAGUGCUUUCUGACCCCGCUUCCCUGCUCUACGAAGCCGACAACGAACUAGACGUGUUGGACGGGUACCUGGAAUAAAAAAAAGCAUAUAAGCACUAUGGAUAGCGUGGUUUCAGGACGGAGGUUUGGAAGACGCAAAUUGCCAAGGCUAGCAUGUGGCGUCAGUUCAUGCUCCAAUAUGUCUUCGCUACUGGAGCUUCUGCUGCGGGCAGAACACGCAUUCGGCUCAGUGCGGGACGGACACGGCUGAGAUUUAAGGCCUAUCGUAUGACAUGAGCAAAUUCUUGAAAGCGAAUGGGCAGAACAAUGAAGCGAAGAGAGUCUCGUACACUGAAACAAGCAAGGAGCAUGUCUGCAAGAAGAAACUGAGCUUAACACAUACGACACAGUUCUGCAAAAUCAAGAUAUAUAUAAAUAUACAUAUGUUCAGAAUUUUUCAAGCUCCACGUGUAUCAUGGACAGAAUUAACUUUUAUUAUGGAUCUGACUUACAAACUGGUAUUAAUAAGAAAACUCUCCCCCCAUAUUAAUGUUCUGUCAGAAACUGUUAAACAAAGAAUAUGGAGCAUCUUCUGAAACAAAAACUGCAAUGGCUAAUAUAUGAAACAAUGUGUACCUCAGUGUUAUGUCAUAGGAUAUUGUACUUGAAAGGGCCCGUUUAAGGGCCUCAGUGUUGGAUUUGAAAUUUCCUUUAUUUGCACACCAGCAAUAACAUUAACACAUUCAUUUUUAAUUGGGACAAAAGCAGUGCCUGCAGUGCUUUCUAAUUUUGAAGGAUAUUCUAACCAUUUAGUUCCAGCCAGUCAAAACAGGUGUCUUCCAGUGAGGCACAAAAUGGCUCCCAGUCUGUCUUAUGUACUCACAAGAGGUAUCUUUCUACAUUUUGUGUGGAAUAUACACAUAGCUGCAUUUUUUUUUUUUGCUUAAUCCAUCACUACAAUUGCCCUUAUUUAACAGUGAUCCACUGUAAAAACAGUCCACAGAUAAUUGUUACCAAAACUAGAAUAGUUUAUAAAAAAAAAUUGUUUUCUGCCUU